AUGUGUGCUGACCCUUUAAAACUGAUUCCGAUUGAAAAAUGGGAGGAAAUAAAAUCAGCUUUCAAAUGUGACUUGCCCAGGAGUUUGUCUGUAAUAAGUGUUUUAGAAACUCAAGAAUACAUCAAUAAGUUUGGCCUUGAUUACGGUUUUAAAGUUUUCUGUCCCUUUGGAGAUGUUAACAAUGGAAUAGUUGCGCUUAAUGUUAAGAGUACAUAUUAUGAAGUUAUAAUUCAAAGCCCAAAGGACGACACCACAGUACUCUGUGAAGCUUUAAGACAAACAAAACUCAUUGAUUGGACCAAAAAUAUAGAAGUACCGUUCGCACCGCAACAUAUAAUAGCUUGUGUAAAAAAAAUUAUCAAUGAGAAGAAUUUGAAGAUAGAUCAUAUAACAAUGACAGAAACUUUUUUGUUAGAUACAAAAUCGUCUCCUUUUGAUGUCAGUUUACCUCCAGCAUCUUCAUUUGAAGUGUUAUCACUUGAAUACACUAAGUUAAUCGAUGCUAAGUGGCCUCAUCGCUAUCCUGGUUCUGAGUGGUACAUCGAUCUACUAAUUAAAGCUAAAUUAGGCUAUGGACUUUUUGUAAACGGAGAACUGGCAGCAUGGGUAUUUAUAAAGGAAAUGGGAGCACUGGGCCAUCUGUACACUUUGGAAGAUCACAGAAGAAAAGGUUACGGCGAAUUAGUUCUGAAACUUAUAUCAAAUUGGUUAUUAGAGAAAAAUAAGUAUGUAUUUGCUUUUUGUGUGGACGGUAAUAAAAAUGCUUAUAAUUUGUAUAAAAAGCUAGGAUUUAAAAGUGUUGUAAAUGUAGAGUGGUGUACUUUCACAAAAUUAGAC